AUGUUAGGGUGGCCCGUGCCAAUCCCAGCUCUGCUGCUCACUGCUGACUGCCUUGGCAAAGCCGUCCAGCCUCCGCCAUGCAGACUGAACCCAGAGACCCCCCAGACCGAUUCUCACCCCAGUUUUUCCUUUGAGGACUGCAAAGCUAUUGCUGGAGGAAGACAAGCAUGUGCCGCCAGCUCCCUCGGCUCAGUUCCAGGCCCAGGACUGGCUGACCCAUCCUUGAUGGUGUGCAGAAGCCUUUCCCCAUCUACCAGGCACAUAGUACCUCCACCUCCCAGGUUGUGUGAGGAUUGGAGACCGACUGCUCCUGUACUGGAGCCAUCCCAGGUGCCCUGUGCCAUCCUGGCUGUUUCACCCAUUACCACAGCUGAGCCCCACAACCUGCCGAGCUUGCCCAGUGACUUGAAUUUUGCAGGACAAGGGGCCUAUGUGCACCUCAAGUGGCAUGACUGGGACCUGAACAACCAUGCCCCCAUUCUGUUGAGGCAGCAGGAACUUCUGCAUCUCAAGGAGGCUGAGGUGGAGGCUAUCCCAGUUGCCACUGAGCUCACUGCAACACCAGAGGUUUCUAGCCAACACAAGAAUGAGCUGAGAGAGAAGAAGCCUGACCUCCUGGACUUCCAUCCCAAACUGGUGGCAGAGCAACUGACUUACAUGUAUACAGUGAGCAUCUGGGCCUUCAGGGAGCUGUUCAAGAAGAUGGUGCCCCAUCAGUGCCUGGGCUCGGUCUGGUCCCGGAGGAACAGGCCUGGCAACGAGCACCUGGCACCCACAGUCCGGGCCACCAUCGCCCAGUUCAAUGCCGUGGCCAGCUGCAUCGUCACCACGUGCCUUGGCAACCCAAGCAUGACAGCCCGGGACAGGGCUGUGGUGGUGGACCACUGGAUCCGGGUGGCCAAGGCCUGUCAGAUCCUGGGGAACUACUCCUCCCUGCAUGCCAUCCUUGAGGCUCUGCAGAGUGUCUCCAUUCACCACCUGAAGAGGACAUGGGACAACGUUUCCAGGAAGAGCUUCCAAACAUACAAAAAGCUCUGCAGAGAAGACAACCCCCAGGGCAGGGAACUACUCAUCAAGGAGCGGCCCUCGAAUAAACUUGCCACCCUGGUGAGGCAGCUGCACAAAGCGUGGAAGGGGCUGCCGAAGAAGGGUGUCGUCCCAUACCUUGGCACUUUCCUCACUGACCUGGUGAUGUUGGAUACUGCAAUGGAGGACUACCUGGAGGGCAAUGAGAUCAACCACUGCAAAAAGAAUAAGGAAUACCGAGUCCUCACGGACAUCAUGCUGCUCCAGGCGGCGGCAGAGAAUUACUGCCUAGAGCCCCAGCAUCCAUUCACGGCCUGGUUCUGGGCUGUGGAGAGGCUCAGCGAGGAUGACAGCUACAUCCUGUCCUGCCAGCUGGAGCCGCGGUCCUAGCUGGCCAGCAGAACACAAGCACCAGGACAACUGGCUACAGCCACCAUCAGAGCUGAACCCAUGGCCACUGGCCGAGCAAGGAUUGCCCCUCGGCCCCUGGGCUCCUUGUGGUGCGCGAGCCCCAUCUGCUGCUCAACACCCCUUCCUCUCACCUACAGAAUUAUUUUUUUUGUGGGCUGGGGGCAAUAUUUAAUAUAACUAAAGGGUUGGUAUUUAA